CUUGCGACAUGCGAAACGGGACAACGCGACAGCCCUAGUGACGUUACUUGCAGGAAUGGAUGGAUUUGAUUGAAACACCGCUGCGCUGAAGUGCUUUCACAUGCCAGCAUGGCCUUUACUCGGUCGAACUCCGUUUACCCACUGCUGUUGAUAGGGCUUCUACUACACAGUAGCUGCUGUGACAUUGCUGAAGGGUUGUCGGGCUCAGCUUCAAAAAGCGACAAACGGCAGCUCAAGCGCAGCGCAGCAAAGCGAUGGGAGUCAAUCAACGAGGUUGUACGUGAUGAAAUAAAGUCGGCAACAAAGCAUUUUCUGGAAGAGCGUUCUCGGGCGCUCAUCCUGCCCAUCGAAGUUGACGUGCUGUUGUUAGGCUUUGAUGGUGAUGGUGGCUAUGGAUAUCAGCUUGAGCGUCAGGCUUUGGAGGAGCUGCUGGGGUCGGCAACGGAGGACAACACCAUAUGUCCUACGGUUUGGGAGACUGGCGAGCCGGCCGCGGUUUGCUUCUCAGUCAACUACCUCACGCUUGACAACAGGCUAGUGGACAAUGCGAUGUCCCGUCUUGAGGCGGCCCUCACAGGCAACAUGGAGUGGGUGGGGGACAGGUCGCAGGACUGGCCCGACGGCAGCAAGGAGGUGCAGGUGUUCGAGGUGGAGGCGGUGGGGGAGGUGGAGGCCACGGUGUGGGAUAUGCUGGACGAGGCGUACGGCGGGCAGCAGCCCGAGAUCAACCGCGACCAGCACAGCCAGAUCGUCAUCAUCAACCCCAGCAAGCUGCGGAUGAGGCCAGCGCUGCCGCCGCCUCCACACCAACACCUGCAGCAGCAGCAACAGCAGCUGAAUUUCGGGGCUGCUAACGCAAACUUCAUUGCGGAAUGGAAGAGGGGCGCUGUGGACUCCUCGCAUGUGGUGGACCAGGAGGCGGGGUUCCUCUACCGUUACCGUUACAACGGUCGCGGCGGCUCGUCGGCGUUCGUUGGGCAGUACAACUUCAUCGUCAUUGACAUCAGUGCGGGGCCCGUGUCGUACGGACCGUUGGCAUCACCCUCGGGAGCCGUUGCGCCAACCGCCAUGCCUCGUCUCAUGCCCCUGCUGCUCCGCAUGACCCAGGAGCUGGAGCAGCACCCGCAGCCCGGCACCCUGCGUGAACACAUGCUGGCGGAGGCGGCGCGGGGGCAGUCGGCGGUGUUCACGGGGCAGCUGGCGGCGGCGGUGGCGGCGGCAACAAGACACCUCUUCGCCUCGGACUUGCUGAUGAGCGGCGCGGAAGCGCUAGCGGGGCCGCAGAC